CAGUUGUUAUCAUUGAGCUCAGUGGUUCUUAUUCUGUGCAAGGGUUCUCAUAGAUCACAGCGGUUCUAAGGAUAUUUACAGGUUGUCAUAGGAGACACUGGUUAUUUUAUUGUGUUUUGAUAGUGUGACUCAGAUAGUGGGUCCGGCUGAAGUGUUAUCACUGAUAAGAGAAGAUUCAAAGACGAGUAAAUGGCGCCUAAACCGUAAACUUCGGACAGGAAGGGCUCGUUAGCCUUUACUGGCUCCCCACCCAGAAGAAGGAUAACACUGAUUUGAAACCUCGGCUGCAGUCCAGCUAUACUGCUAAACCGAACAUAGAAAAGGAUUCGGGGGUCAACUCUGAUGAAAAUUCAGGAGCUACAUCCAGAUAGAGCUAGCGACGCCGCUGAUCCAAAACUUAUUCGGCAUUUAGCGUUCCUUUUCUGACACAUCUUGCUUGGAUAGGGGGGAACUGCAGUGUAGGCGACAUUGGUCUGACUCUUCAUCUCUUUUCUAUGCAAUGAUCCACAUCUUCGCUUCGCUACCGAGGAAGGCCAUAGAUGUGGUGUAGAUGUCAUAGAGCACAAUGAUUAUAAUACUGUACUAUUCUUGCCAUAGAGCUCGGAGGUUCUAAUUCUUAGCACAAUGUGAUGGCGGUGUAUCACUGUAAUUUGGCACUGAAAACCAGGCUGGGUCUAAGGAGUCAAAUGCCAAAUCGAUUUGAUUAGAUAACCACUCAGUUGGACAUUUGGACAGAUGAGUUGGCGAAAACUCUCAUUUCUGGUCACUGGAAGAAGUUCUUCUGUUUUCUUAGGAAUUCUUGGGAAUUUAGGCUCGACUCUUUCUGAACUUUCCACAAAGGUGUCAACCGAGCAAUGUUUUACCGUCUGAGUGAACUUGACCUUUAGUAACCAUGAAAAACUUCAGGAGUAUAAUUCAGACUAUUUCAAGGCAGCCAGCACGCCAGGCGUUCGCCGUGGGCGGAGUGGCCACCAAUCAGGAGCAAGCCAAGUCGUUUGAAGAGGUGCCAGGUCCAAAAGGAAUCCAUCUAUGGCCGGUUCUCGGACCUAUUCUAAUGUACAAACCAUUCACUAAAUUUACAUCAGAAAACAAUCAGCUCCUGUUCGACUCACUCAUUGACAAGUACGGCCCUGUAGUUAAAUUGCGGCUCUCGGAGCUUUCAGUUCUAAUCAGUGAUCCGAAAGACAUCGAGCGGGUGUUCCAGAAUGAAGGUCAAUACCCAACCAACCCGAGCAUGUCUAUUCUGAAAACUUACGAAGCCAGAAACGGGCUGAAACCUUCUCUAUCAUCAAGUAACGGCGAACAAUGGCAGAGGUUACGUAGUCCUGUGAACAGACGACUGAUGAGACCGAACUCUGCGACCUAUUAUUUAGAGUCACACAACAAUGUGGCAGACGACUUUGUCCAGUUACUCAUUAGUCAGGAGUGGAAAGCAGAAGAUCAAAUCGACUUGCUGUUUAGAUUCGCUGCCGAAAAUACAGGAGUCGUUGUUUUCAACACCAGACUUGGACUUUUGAAUCUUGGCUCAAAGAACAAGGAAGAGGUUGAACUAUUGCAGCAGACGAGAGAACUAUUCAACGCCCUUCAGAAAACAUUCAAUGGGGAGUCCAUCGCUCACUCGCUGUACAGAAACAAAACGUAUCUGGAGUUUGAGAAAGCUUUUAAUACUAUUAAAAGCUACAUACAGAAACAUUUGGACAAAGCGAAAGAAACAGUCGAGCAACGAAAGAAAGACAAUCCAGAAGUCGACAGCGAUGAACUCAACCUUCUGCUCUCCCUUGCUUCGGAAAAAAAUUUGGAUAAAGAUGACAUUCGAGGCAUAUUGGAAACAUUUUACACAGGAGGGUCAGAUUCUGUUGCCAAAUCUAUUCAGUGCCUGUUUUACAAUCUAGCACACAACCCAACAAAACAAGAUACACUGAGACAGGAAAUAAUUCGGGUAUUGGGACACGACACAUUGGUGACGGCUGAGGCUUUGUCCAAGAUGCCUUACCUGAAGGCCUGUAUAAAGGAAUCAUUCAGGCUUAUCUUUCCUACAACGUUGGGGCCGACCAGGAUACUAAACACAGAAGUCGUACUGAGUGGAUACAGAAUCCCUGCUGGGAUACCGAUAUUUCAAGCUUACUUUCGAGCAUGUAAACACAACUUCAGCCAAUCUGACCAGUACAUACCAGAGCGCUGGCUGAGGUCAAACGAUGGGCAAUACAAUGAACAGAUUCCUUUGAUUGCCUCCAAUCCAUUUGGCCACGGUGCCAGGCAAUGCGCUGGCAAAAGACUUGCUCUUCAGAUGAUCUCCUUAGCAACUAUUAAGGUGCUUCAAAAGACUAGGAUAGAAUUACCGCCAGAGUCUCGGAACAUGGAAUUUAUUUACAAAACAUUCGUUGAACCGAAAAGGCCGCUUCAAUUCACUUACCGAAAACUAGAUUGAUCCAAAUGUACCACUUAGGAUAACAUCUCUAGAUCUACAAGUGUUAAUGAAUCUCAAAGAAAAAAACCCAACUCAUUCAGAAUGGCUCAGUAUAGACUGACUACUUUUUCAAGAAAUAUAUUUUUCAUUUAGCAUUCGCUGCUUCUUGCCAAAGUAAACUACGUAUUUGUAAUGCAAUCAUUUUUCUACGCUACAGUUUUAUUCAUUGAUAAAUUUCGGACUGAAACAUUCAUUCCUCAUCCCAUCACACACCCUUCUUAUUGAUACUGUUAAUUCUCUUUCAUGUGAACUUUGGAUAUGGAAUAGCUCUUAUUUAUUUGGCAAAUAUUAUCAAGGGAUAUAACUUAUACAUUUGUAUAGUUUAUCUAAUAUUCCUUACCUCCCUGGUAUGCAUUAAAAACAAUUUCUAUAAAAGAAUAAUAUCGAUAAAUACGUAUCAGGUAUUAUGGUUUGAUUGUGGGACUCCUUUUAAAAAUUAGCUUUAAAUACAUUAGUAGUGUUAUAAAAUAAAAGCCCCCCCCCCCCCCCCGCAAUUUAUCUUUCAUGGGCGUCCCUUCAAGUUAUCGGCCCUGUAUGCAAUAAACGAGGUUAAUUAUAACUAAUUAUAUAGGUUGGAUUUUGGAUUUCAGUUUUUGUGACAGCUUAAAGAGAAUUGGUUUCAUGGGGGUGUGGUGGCUUGAGAACUCGUGGCUUACAACUGGAACAGAGGGAUCUUAGUCCAUUCAACAGUAAUACCAGACGUUAAGUAAGGGCGGAUGGUCAUUGUGCUGGCCACAUUGACCAACUUAUCGCAAAGAGAUUUACUUUACUCGCUUCCUAUGAAGAGAUAUGAAGAGACUUGAAUUGCAAGGCAAUUUGGAAGUAAUUCUCUUUCUAGUAACCCUGGGAAUGUUUGGUGUUGAAUACAAAUUGUUUUCAUAUCUCAUGUGCCAUUGUACCGAUCUUGUGUUCUCAAUAUUUUGUUGUAUUUUGUACAGACAUUUUUUUUUCUUUAUAAUGUUUUUUUUUUUUAAAUAUGAUCACAUUGUCACCUUAUUCGUAUUUUAAUUUAUAUUGCAAUGGUGAUUUGUGAUUGCAGGAGGUCAACUGGUUAUCUAGGUUGAUUCUAAUUAUAUGUAGUUGUCCGUAAACAAGUUGGGGAACAAAAAUGUGCCAUAUAAAAUUAUGAUUGUGAUUUAAAAUUUUUAAGGAACUAUACCGAUGCUCUAUGUCAUAUGUAUUUUAUGUAUAAUAUUUUACUCUUUUGUAAGUUUUUGUUAGUGAAUUCAACUUUUUUCAACUAUUUACAUAUAUACUCUGAUCUGAUGACUAUACUAACUACGGUAACUUUGCUUUAAAAUAUUUUGUUAUCUCCCUUACUAUUCUUUAUCUUUUAUUUUUAGCAAUUAUUGCAUUGUUAACCACUAAUUAAAGCUAGACAAAAUGAAGAUAGGAGUGGACCAUCCUACAAGGUACAGUUCCAGGAGACGGAAAAAAGGGAGAAACAACUGAAAUUGAACUACAUAAGAGUUGAGCGAACAACAGGCCAGAUGAGGUGCCUCUGAUGGCUAGAAACUAAAAGAAUGGGACAGAACUCUUGUAGAAUUCAAAACGUUGACCUGAAAAGGGUAAUGUAAACAUGAAUAAUAGUAAUACCAGCUAUCUGCUUUAACCGAGUUGUACUAGACAUAGUGUGAAUAUCUUUUAAUGCCUAGAGAUCAACACUAUUGGCUAUGCACAUCUUCAUUGUUUUCUUCUCGAUGCUGUUGUUACAAACAUGUUUUCUUCACUCGUGAUAACCUACUGUGAUGCCUUGGAAACGGAUUCCUACACAAAUGUUUGUUUUGUCUUUUCUCAGAUAUAAUGGGGUUUUUUUUAGCCUUCUCACUAUAUGAAAUGUUGUAUUUCGUUAUUUUGGACCAUUACUAUCAGAAAUUUCUAUUGUUUUAAUCAAAGGCGUAACCGACAUUGUUUUAAAUUUUAAAGAAAUUGAAGGGAUGUGUGGCUGAGAGGCCAAAGCCGCUUGGCUACGGCCUGACCACCUAACAAGUGGACUCGAAUUCUAAUCCUGACUCAGAGUUGUGUUUACCGAGCGCCUAAAGGCAGAAUGGAAACCUUCCCCAAGGCUCCCCGUCCCACUAAACAGGUCCCCAAAAGAGAUUGGACCAUAUCGCAUAUAGAUGCUCUAUAUAAAAUCUAUUAAACAAAAGUCCCCGGUCUGGAGACAUUACAAGUUUUUUUUUUCCUUUCUCCUCACUCCCCCCCCCCUUUUUUUCCCCGCCCCUGUAAAAAUCAAUUAAAUUUGAUCUUGCACUGUUCUUUUUUUAACAGUCUAAUUCUCGGGAUAUAUAUGCAUCAUUAUAAUCUUGUUAUAAAUUCAACAUCAUAUCAAUCAAAUGUCGAAAUAAGAAACAAAUAUCCAUUGCUCUACAUGAGUUUAUAUAUAUAUAGAGAGUUCGUCCAUCGUGGUUCGAUGAUGACCACUUUUGUCAUCCAGGGGCCUCAGGGCCGUGCACUAGGGUUUUGCGCCUCCUCAUGUCGUUAGUGAGACCUAUGUAAGUCCGAAAUGUUCAGCUGGAGCUAGUGUCAUUGGCCUUGUUCCAUUCAAUGAUGGUUCUGAUAUUUUCACUUGUAUUUUUAUAUUAUUGUAUUAUUAUAAUAUUUCUUAUCAAACAUUAUUUUAUACUGUCAAUAAAAGAAUCUGUAUGCAUUGAGAGUGAAUGCCAGUUUAUAGCAAGUCACAUUUUUCUCCUGUUUAAUUUUUACAACUCUCUGUCAUUGGUAGGCAAUAUCCGCCUAACAUGUUUAAAUACGAUAUUUUAAUAUUUUGAUAUAUUCUUUUUAAACUUCUCUUAUUAUGCAUAUGUUUUUUAGAGAAAGCUUUAAUAACAAAAAGCCUGCUAUCUUAUUAAACAAAUGUUUUAAAAUGUUUAAUUAGACGAUACGUUCAAACUGAGUUUAAGAAAAUAAUCAAAACAACAUUUUUACGUUGAUAUUAUAUUUGUUAAUAUUCAUCUAUAGUUCUUACUUCAUUUAUAAGUAAAAAUACGAUUCUUAUGGAAGUAGAGAGUAAAUAUCAAUAAUUUUUAAGGCUUGAUCUUAAUUUAAGUUUCUUUUUAUCUAAAGUAAAAAAAAAUAUUCGAAAUUUGGAAAGAUUUUUUUUAUUGUGUACAACAUACAGCUAUAUUUUGAUAGCACGGCCAUACAUAGAGAAAAUAAAAGACUCAAUCAAAACCCACGUAUAAAGCAUGUACAUUGAACUAAAAGCAGCAAAUGAAACAGAUAUUGUUCAGAGCCGGAUGUAUAUGGGUUUAUUUAUUGAUGAAAUCCAGUUAAAUAAACAUUCCAAUAUUGUUGUAUUCGUCUCGUAAGAUAUAAUGAGAAACGCAUGAAUGAUCACAUGUUUAAGUUUUUAAAAGUUUCUUUAAAUGCCUUCCUUAAGUUUCAAUAGCACGGUAAUACUUAUCUUUGUUUAAGUAAGGUAAUUGUUCGUUAAGUCACACCCCCCCCCCUCGCCCCUUGUUGUUUCCGGUAGUUGACUUUCAGCACCAAACUGCUGGUAGACAACUAAACCGUUGUAGACGUAUAACAUUUUAAAACUUCAAACAACUUGUAUAACUUUCUAGUGACCAAUGCUAAGCAUAACUUUUGUUAUAAUAUAGACAACAUUAAGAUGAGAUGAGAUAAAAGUAAAUGUACUAGUCUUUGGUAAUACUAUUUUUUUUUAUGAAAAUCUAACUCACUACCGUAACACAUUCUACUAUCACGUUCUGGAGUCGCCUCCCCUAACUAAGACCAGUUACGACAUCGCCACCUAUCUUGCAUCAUACACAAGCCAUUGCUAACCUCUUCCCAUCGUCACUAUAGACACACACACUCCAUAACACCAAUAGACACACACACUCCAUGACGCCUAUUGAUACACACACUACAUAACACCCCUCCCCUUAAAGAAGCUUUGGUAAGGGCGUUUAGACACUAAAAGGCUAAGGGUACCCUGUACUAAAACAUGUUGAAUCGAGAGACAAUGAGAACACUAUCUCAAUGUUGCUCCAUUGUUACCCUGAAAGGUAGCAUUGAGAUGUGGCCAAGGAAAAGAUCGUCUCUCGAGACGUAAAAUGCCACAGAGUUAGGCAGCGUUGUCUUAUACAUUCCCUUCAGGCCAAACUGGUCAGUUUACUGCCCUUUAAAAUACACCAUUGGGAGAGAUAUCACAUGUAAAGCUGUUAGGUCUAUUGCUGUAGAUGUGAAGCUGUUUGAUCUCGUACCGUAGAUAUCACAUGUAAAGCUGUUUGGUCUAUUGAUGUAGAUAUUUAAUGUGAAGCUGUUUGAUCUCGUACCGUAGAUAUCACAUGUAAAGCUUUUAACGUCUCUUACAUAUCAUAUGUAAAGCUGUUAGGUUCCUUACUGUAAACAUCACAUGUAAAGCUGUUAGACCUAUUAUUAUUGUUGUCGUUUUUUUUUAAAUUUAUAUUCAUAAAAAUUCUCUUGUUAAAUCUAUCUGCAUUCAUCAGACGGUCAAUGAUCAUACUAUUUGUGGUUGUGUAAACACGCCUUACACUGCGGUGUUUAUUCGCACGACAAAUGUACAUUUCCCUUUGUCUGUAUGAUCCAUUCAGUGGUCGCCUUGUAUAUUUAUAUAAUAGUUAUACAUUUUGUAAACAGAAAGGCUUUAUAAGUAUGUAUAUAUGCAAAACUUUAUAUAGGGCCUACACCAUAUAAUUCAUUGCAAUGGCAAAGUGUAAAUUACUAUAAAUGAAGUAUAUUUGUCAUGUGAUCACAAAUAUUUAUGGUUUCUAUAUUUAUACAAUCAUUUGUUUUGUUUUACUUUUAGUUCUCGCUAAUAUUUACUCAGCCAUUUCGUUUGGUCAGCAGCCAAUGUUUGGUGUGGUCCUUUCUCUACUCGGCGAUACAUUUUAAUACAAUGCACAUCAAAACACAUUUCCUGUAGUGAUCUCUCACGAAAGGCAAACACAUUUGUUACUCGGAUAAUUCAGUUUCAUCUAUAUCGAAUUUAUUACUCUGUAUGCAUAUUUAUAUUUGUUUAAAUCAAUAACACGUACUCGUAUAAGGUAAUUCAACUACAUCUUAAAAACUAUGCUAUGAGUUUAAUUCAACUUGUAUAUAAUAUACAAUACAAUGCAAUUGUGAAAUUUCACCUUUCAUAUAUUUAAAAUAAUCUUUUAAAUUCAUUUUUUAUUUAGGCUGAUUUUUGUUAAUGAUUCUAUUAUAUUUUUUAAAUAAUUUAUAAUUAUAUUAUAAUUUUUUGAACUGCAAUAGAGAUUGAGAUUAUUUAAUUAAUAUUUAUAGUGAUUAGUAAAGUUAGUGCUCCAAAUAUGUUUAAUCUUUCUUUAUAUAUUAGAUUCACAGUUCAUCUUGAAAUUAUUGAUUCCCCUUGUCACGAAGGGUACCUAAAUAGUAGGAAUGGCUAGUGUCGGAAGUCUAAUUGAAAAAAAAACAAAAAACAAGUAGAUCAAUCAACACACACACGUACUGUUUGUGUGCUCUUAUAAAGCUUAUAUAUUGGCAGCCAUAGGAUCCCUUUAAAUCAAUUCUAUGACUGAAUUAAAAAAAGUGAUUGAAAUGUUCUUUCUCUUCCUGUUUCGUUUCCAGGAAUAGAAAGUAUUUUAAUUUCUUUCACUUCGAUUAUUGUCCUUAUAAUCGUCCGCAGCUCAGCCUCAUGAAUCGGGUCGUUUGUGGUGCUUCAACUUGACAGUUAAGUGGUCAGUAUGACUUGGUUGUUUUGUGGAUUUAGUCCAAACUCCAAACUAUCUUGACUUUCACAUAUUCCUUAGUCUGUUGGACCGUUGGGGCACCACACAAUAUCUGUUGAUUUUCUUUCCCUCUCUGUGUUUUGACUUGGAUAGAAUCUCUUUCAAUGACAGGCCCGUCCAUUCUUUUAUAGUGUCUUCACAUAAAUUUCUCUGUCUGCCUCUUCGUCUUUUCCUGCUACUGUUCCCUGUAGGAAGGUCCUUUCAAGCCUUAAGGAUCUUUACGUUUUUUUGGACAGUAGUUAACAGGUCAUCGUGGGGUCCAUUCUCUACUAAUAUUGUCUUUAAUUUCUUCGUUUGUGAUGCGGUCUUUGUAUGCAAUUCUUUAGCACCUCAAUUCCAUUGUUAAUAUUCCCUUCUCGAGAUCUGCAGUCAGCAUCCAAGACUCACAAGCAUAUAAAAAUGUGGCAAAGACCAGGGAUGGCAUCAGUCUGAUUUCAGUGUCAAAGUCUAUGCCUUUAUCUUUCCAGAUUGCUUUGAGUUCUGCAAGUGUUGCUGUGGACUGUGCAAUUCCGACCAGUAGUUCAGCUUUGGUUCCAAACUUGCCACACCGGAAAUGUGACAACGACACUCCUGCCCACCCCUCAACACAAUGAAAAAAAAAAAAAAAGAUAAUAAAGUUACUCAAACUUGCAGUGGUUACUGUUCAUAAGUUUUCGGCCCAUUUCGUUUUAAUUUUCAAGGUAUUUCAAUUGUAUAAAAGGAAUAGUACCCUUCUGCCAACGUUUGACCACAAUUUCUCCAUAUCUUAGCCCACUCUUCACGCCAAGAAGAUAAUACUAAUUAGGUUACAAAGCAUACAUCUAUAACAAGAGGGCCAUUAUAUAGGACAUGGUUCCUAGGUUAUUUUCUUUAUAAGCUAAUUUGAUUAUAAAAAUUAUAUUGUGUGUUUGUGUACUUGUGACUUCAAUUUUUCAUAAAAAAGGAAUAAGAGUUUUUUUUGUUUUUUUUUAAAAGCAUAUAUAAACUCACUCCGUCUGUCUGUCUGGUACACAUUUUGUACACAUUUUUACUCCCACUUCCCAUUCUCGGAUCAAUUUGAAAUUUUGUACAAUUAUUCAUAGUCGAUGACAAUACACGAAUCCAUGAAGCAAUCAAAAAAAUUAACCAUUUAGUUAAUCAAUUUUUGGUAGUUAAUUGAUUUUGUUUAUAUAGAAAAAGAGGAGUUAAACCUUGCAGUUUUGAGCUAUAUGGCAGCGACUUUCUUGUUCUUUCCUUUACAUUAGCUUUGGUCUUUAUAUAUUUUGCUUGUUUUUUGCAAUAGAGUCAACAAAUAAUGUAGAUGGUAGUAAUGUAUACAACCAUAUAUAUAUAUAUAUAUAUAUAUAUACAGGGCCUUUUUUGUGACGUUACGCACCAGAACGGCGUACCAGCACCUUUUUCAAUGUGGGAAAAAUUUUUUACUUUUCUUGUAUUUUAACGUUAGGCAAUCCAUCACUGAGUACCAGCACCUAAUCACUGAAUACCGGUACCUAUUUUUUUUUUUUUUUUGUAGUUUGUUUUUUUUUACAAAAAAAAGCACUGUAUAUAUAUAUAUAUGUUUCUAAAUCAAAGGACGCAUUCAUUAGACGUUUCAUCACAAUGCUAUUAGUGAAGGUACUGUUACAAAUUUGUGUACAUCCACUUGUGAUUUCUUUCCAUUGAAAACACGCCUCGUUUCUAAACCGAGAUAAGGCUGUAAGCUAAGAUGAAACACUUGAUGUAAAAUCUCUAAAAACUAUGCUUCACAAUUUAAAAGAAAAGGAAACAACAAUCUUUUUUGAAAGAUUUAACGAAACAAGUGCCAGAAAAUACUGAUUUUAACACCUAACUUCCUAACCGUGUUAACCUUAAACGCUUAGCUGUAUAAUAAAGCUGCUAUCUUCAAAUACCACGAGCUAUAAUUCGUCUUUCUAUAACGACAUUCCAUUUUUAAUAUUUCGUUGUAUUGUUUCAUACACUGAUAGUAUAUCUUUUUAUUCAGUUCACUGGACUAUGUGCAUUGCUACUUAUGUUUCCAAUGUGCCAUACAUAAUGCAACAUGUUUUUCUCAUAAAUAGUUUAUAUAUAUACUAAUGUUGCUAGACAAUGAUGUUGCUGGCCCAAGCCAUACCAUUACUGCCCAUGAUAUCAUUUUGUUUCUCUAACAUUCACAUAAUUCAAGAAUUCAUGUUUUUACAUUUUGUAUUUUAUCAGCAAAACUGUGAACAUUUUUUUCUUAAAAAAAAACAACUCAUGUAAACUUUAUUGUUUAGAGAAUUAAACAUCUCACUGUACAAGAAAAA